AACGGCGGACAAGCGGUCCUCGGCGCCCUCGGCGUGCUGUUGUACGUUGGUGACGGUUGGGACCGUUGGGACCGGUGGUGAGCUGUAGCGCCGUGUAGGACGUAUAUUUGUGUUGUGUUGACAGUAAAAAUGGAAACCAAGAAACAGAGAAGGAAAGUAUGCUGUGUCCCUGGGUGCCGGUUAUCUAAUAGGCAUCUAGCCCAGGAGGGAGAGAAAUUCUUCCACUUUACCAGGGUUCCAGCAAUGGCACAAAAAUGGGUCCGUGCUGUAAAUAACCCUAACCUGGUUGUUGAAGAAGCACAUAUGUACCACAGAAACAAGUGUGUCUGCCACCGUCAUUUUGCAACAUCCCAGUAUAAUACUCCUGAAAGGUUGCACCUCAAUCGGAAUGCUGUACCCACACUAUUUUUGCCAUCAUCUGAUAGUACUGAAGAUGGCCUUUCAGAAUCAGAUCCAUACAGUAAGAUUGCAGAGUCAGGCGUCCAGGAUGAACGUGAGUCUAGAGAGGAUGGUGUUAAGGAAUCGACAGGUAAGCAUGACGAGGCUGGAAGUCAAUUUCUUGAUGAUCUGUACAGUGGGAUGUAUAUGGAUGAACACAAAAAUAUAAGUAAUUUACAGCCACUGCAUAAGGAUCAAGAUAGAGUGGAAGUGCCAGCACAGGAAGAUACUAAAUUGAGACAAGAUAUUUUGACGGAAAAUGAUAGAGCACAGCACCAUAAUUCAAAUGGAACGCAAACUAAUCACCAGAAUCACUGUAGAGAACCAGUGACACCUGGUGGCACUGCAGUGAAUGAGAGAGAGAUAACUGAAACUUGUGACAUCACAUCUGAUCAUGGUGACACUGAUGAAAGCAGAGAUGUAAAGUUUAUUACAAAUGAGCCUUGUACAGUAGCAGUAGAUUCAUGGGAAAACCUACCAAAUCAACUGUGCCGACUCUGUGCGUCUACAGAUGAACAUCCAAAGCAGUCAAUUUUUGGCUGGAUGAGUAUGCUAAAUAAAAUAAUUCCAGAUUUGGUUGCCUUGGAUGAUGGACUUCCGCAACAUAUAUGCCGGCCUUGUACAAACAAGCUAUAUACUUGUACUAAAAUAAAAGUAGAUUUUGUUGAAGCAUAUAACAAGCUCCAAGAAAGCUGUGGAUUUGCAAGGUCACCAGGAAUUCAGUUCACAGAUAUUCCAUUAGCCAUGUCUGAUUACCCUAAAGAGCAGUUAGUAUCUGAGACUGAAGAGCAGUUAGUUUCUGAGACUGAAGAGCAGAUAGUGCCUGAUGCUGAAGAACAGUUAGUGUUUGAAGAUGGAGUACAGUUAGUGUCUGAAAUCCCUUCUGAAGGCCUUUAUACAGUUACACCAAGCUCUAAUAAGGAUAGUCUUGAAGGCAAAAAGAUGACCUUAAAUACUGGAGGUCAUUUGUCUUUAAAUCUUGAAGAAUAUGCUAUUUCAGCCACUCAUGAUGAGGCAACCGACCAAGGAAAUUUUCCCCAAGGUAAAACACAGAGCAUUGAUGACACCUCAGGUGCAUGUGACAUAAAGGAACGGAAGGUAGGAAAGUAUAAGUAUGUAUGUGGUGAGUGUGAGGAAAUGUUCACAACAAAGGGAGCUCUAAGAGCACAUAAAUUUACCCAUCGUAAAGUCUUCGAAUGUGAAUGUUGUAGGAAAACGUGUAGAUCUGCAGCGCACUUAGAUGACCACAGACGUAUUCACACCAAGGAGUUACCAUUCAUGUGUGAGAUGUGUGGAAAAUGUUUCCGAAACACAAUGAAUUUACAAAGUCAUAAAUAUGUUCAUAAACCACGGAUUUAUGCUUGUGAAAUAUGUAAUAAGAAAUGUAGUGGUAGGUUUAUCUUAAGACAGCACAAGAAGGUGCAUUUUACAGACACAAAGCUGAUAUGUGAGGUGUGUGGAAAGAUACUGUAUACUCCCUUUAGCCUUCAGAUUCACUUGCGAACUCAUACUGGUGAAAAACCUUUUCAGUGUGAUGUGUGCGGGAAAUGUUUUAUUUCUGCUGGAAAAUUGAAGCAUCAUAGGGUUAUUCACGCAGAUCAAAGGUUCCGAUGCAUUACGUGUGGUAAGGCAUUCAAUUUCAAACAGUCAUUAGUAGAACACGAAGAAUGUCAUUCUAAGCUGGAAUAUUACAGGUGUGUGAUCUGUUUUAGAACGUAUUCUAACUUAGGAAACAUGAGACGUCAUCGUAGGAUAUAUUGUAAACAGCCUUUUUGUAUUGUCUGCAAUGAGACUUUUCUGACUGGCGAGAUGGUAAAAGAACAUCGGUCAAAGGAACACACUCAAGAAGAGAUUACAUUGGCAGCAAAAAUUUAUAGUCGACAGUGGUGUUGUAAAUGUCCACUUUGUGCCCAGGUUAUAACUGGUAUAAAUAUGGUGAUGCACAUGAAGGAGUGUCACAGUGGUUACAAUUAUGAACCAUUUGGUUGUGAACAAUGUUCUGAAACAUUUUCUUCUGUCAGUGCCUUGCAUAUACAUACAAGAUGUCAUAGUGAAACCCAUUUAAUUGCGUGACUUGUAACGAGCUUAAGACAAAGAAGACAUUCAAGUGGCAUGAUUUGUCAUUCCAGAAGAAUCAUCAGAAGACUGUCUGACUUGAUUGUGCAUAAGAGGGAACGCUGGGGAAAGACGAUUCUUUUGCCCAAUGUGUAUUAAGGAAGUUUUCACAAGAAGUGACAUGUUAAGACAUACAAAGAAACAUUUGCAAAGUAGUUCAAAUGUUGCACUGAAGUAAGUGAUUGAGGAAACUAUACAUAUGAGUGAAACUGUAUUGUUCUGUAGUGUAGAUGGAAUUGCUCCACUCCAGUUACCAGUGAACCAAUCUAUUAUGAAAAUCAUGACACUGGUGGCUACAGUACUUUUGUAGUUUCACAUUCACAGUGGAGGCUAUGUGCUGGUUGUUAGAAUUUCUGAUGGAAGUCACACAAUAUUACUGAAUGUAAUAUCCUGAAAUUUUCUGUAGCGAGAUGUUUAAAAAUUAUAUAACUCUUGCAGUUUU